AUGUAAAACAAGAAAUUAAAAUGGAAAUCAGAUUUUGAAAAGUCUGUUAUAAUUGAAAACUUUGUAAAUAGAGGAUGGAUCAAAUCUUAAGAGAAAGAAGAAGAAUAAACAGAUUGGAAUGUUUAUUGGGCAACUGUAUGGAAUGUUCGUAAUAUCUUUAAUCCUAAGAAUGGAUUUAGACUUAAUGAUUAAGUAUACUCAAAUUAAUAUCAAAGUAAAUUAUUAAUCACUUUCCAAAUCAUUAUGAAUUAACACGCAAAGAUUGUAUGGUUAAGAAUCUUAAAAGAUUCAAAAGAGAAUAAGAUAAAGAAGUAUUGGAAACAUUCAAUUUUGACUUUUUGCCAACUACUUAUAUUUUCCCUGGAGAAUAUUCACUAUUUGUAGAAGAAUUUCAUAGAAAUCCAAAUUAAACUUGGAUUGUUAAACCAGCUGCUAGAAGUUAAGGCAAAGGAAUAUUUUUGUUAAGGAAAAUUUAAUAAUUAAAAAAAAUCUCAGGAACAACAGUAACAAGUAAUAUGACUUAAUUAAAUCUUGCUUCAAAGGAGAAUUAUGUUGUAUCUAGAUAUAUUGAUAAUCCAUUAUUAAUUGGAGGAAAGAAAUUUGAUUUAAGAAUGUAUGUAUUAGUUACAAAUUACAAACCAUUAAAAGUUUGGAUUUAUAAUAAAGGAUUUGGUAGAUUCUGUAAUGAAUAAUAUACUACUGAUGUUGCUGAAAUAGAGAAUAUGUUUGUACAUCUUACAAAUGUAGCUAUACAAUAAUACAGUGAUAAAUAUUCUUAAAAACAUGGUGGUAAAUAUUCUAUUGAUGCACUCAAAUUAUAUGUAGAAUCUGCAUAUGGAACUGAUGCAUUAAAUAAAAUGAUGGAUGAUAUUCAUAACAUUAUGUUAACUUCAUUAAAAGUAAUUAUUAAUAUAUAUAUAUAUUUAGUCUGUUUAAGCAGUAAUAUAGAAUGAUAAACAUUGUUUUGAAAUGUAUGGUUAUGAUAUUUUACUUGAUUCAAAUCUUAAACCUUGGCUUAUAGAAAUCAAUGCCAGUCCAUCUUUAACUACUACAACACCUGUUGAUAAAAAUCUAAAAAUGAAUUUAAUCAAUGAUGUUUAUAAUAUAGUACUACCAAAUGAUGAUUUCCCUGAUAAUGAUUAAAAAUGUAAUGAUAUAUUUAUUAUUUUUAAGAAUAACAACCUACAAAAGUAGGAGGAUUUACUCUUUUAUAUGAUGAGAAUCUAGAUCCUAAUAAUAGAAAGACUUAAAAAAGAUAGAGUGUUAAAAUAUGGAAAUGA